AAUAAAUGCCAAUAAUUGAGAUAAAUAGAGCUAAAUUAAUUAAAUAUGUAAUGUGUGCAAGGAUGUACUGAUUUAAUUUCGAUCUGUAUUAAGGUUGCUAAUGCUAGGCCGACACUGAUUUAGCAAUAUUUUCUUUUGUGUUUUUUAUAUUUCCUGUAUGUGUGCUGAUGACCGACCUCCACACAGAUCUUGCACAUCAAAAGAGGAUAAGAUUUUGAAACAUGAUGCAAUCAAACCUCAGUUUUUGUGCAGCACUUGGCAACAGAUACUUGAAGAAAACAGAUUUAGUUUCAAGUUGUGACUCAAAGUUCAGCUCUGAAAUGAUAUCUGGAAAACAUGAGAAGUGUUUAAUUCCUAUUGCUUAAAGAUGUUUGAUAGAAAGUUCACUGAGUAUGUCGUUUUUAUACUCAGUAGUGUUACUUUUAGUUUGUUUUUUAUAUAUAUAAUUACAGCAGUGUAAUUUUUAGCCUGCACAUAAUGAAUCGUCACACAUUGAUACCCCACCUAAAGUGACCUGGACCUUAUGAUUAAAUAAUGAGCAGUAGGUGAGUGGAAUGUAAUGCACAUCUGUCCUAACCAUAUGCAUUUUGAAUACAUUUUGCAUUUUGUCUUUACUUAUGUACCAAAUAACUUCCAUAUUAGAUCUGGUACUGUGCUUUACUAUAUCAUUCUGUUAGCCCACAACCCCUGAUCCAAAUAAGGACCAAAAUAUCAGUUUUGCAUAAGUGUCUUUCAGCUGUAGCCAGACAGUACGGGUGUGUGCUUGGUUACAUAAUCACCAAUAUGUCACUGACAAGUUGCAUUUAAGGAGUGGAGGUUCAUUUUAUUCUCUCUCUUUCUCCUGCUGCUGAAAAGUGACGUGACCAGAAUCUUAACCAUCUAUGUCCACUAACCACCAAUGUCUCAUAGCUGGCUGUGGUUUAAAGGUGUGUGACGCCUUCAGGGCAGAGCAAAGUUUGAUCAAAAUGACGGCGAUAAGAAUUACGGCUGUGACUCCUGCUGCCCGGGGGAAGUCUGCCCCUUUUUUUCUGGAAGUGUUCUGUCGCACUCUCAUCAUUCUGUGUAUGGUUCUCUCCAUUGUCCUGUCCUCCAUCGCAGUGUGUGAUGGACACUGGCUGCUGACUGAGCGCCGUGUGUUAGGCCUUUGGUUCUUCUGUGAGAUGGACACAGAGAACGAUGGUGCACCCUCUAACUGUACUAGGAAUAUUGGAGAGGAAGGGAGCCAGCUCCUGAAUCAUGGGCUCGGGCUGUGUCGUUGUGUCGUCUCUCUGGCUGUGGUGAGUGCUAUCUUUGGCCUGGAGCUGCUGGUGUUAUCACAGGUGAGCGAGGGAUACCCAUCACGGCAGCGGUGGCAUCUAGGGGCAUGGCUUGUGCUCCUGGCUGCAGGAUUGGCUGCUGCAGGGGACAUGACCUUUGUGUUUCUAUUAUGGGAUAAUGCUACACCUCUGGGACUCACACUUACCUUCUGGUGCCAGUUCACUGCAACCUUCCUCUUCUUUCUCAAUGGCAUGGCAGCCCGCCACAUCCAGAAUAUGACAAAUUUUCUGCCCUCUAGUGGUGAUGUGGGGAAAUCUUAGGCAUGGAGCCUCCUAGACUUAGCACUUCUGGGUUAUGCACAACAUUCACAUGUUUCUUACAUGAGUUUAUAGCAUAAAGCUGGAUUUGUUGAAGUUAAUUGGUAAGAAGAUCUGAAAGAACAAUGCAGUUAAACAGAUUUUGAGUUAUACUGACAAAUAGUUUAUUCUGUCAUUUCUGUAAACUUAAUAAAGACUUUUCACAAUAUCUUUAA